AGUUAUCCGUCGCUGCCGGCGCGGCCGCCUUACGGUACCCCGUCGAGGAGGCGUCGCCGAUCGGCGGCGGCGGCAGUGUGGUCGGCAGCGCAGCCGCAGCGACAGUUUCAGAGUGAGCUAUGGCAGCCAUGCCUCCCUUCGAAGUGACGCCGGCGCAGACGGCCGCCGUGGCCACCGACCCGUCCAUCGUCGACUCGGUCACAGCGCUCUCCGUCCUGCUCAUGAUUGCGUACCUGGCGCGGGCGUCGUUCCCGACCUUCUUCCAGUCGCUGCUGGACGAGAGGAUGCUCGCCAUGGUCGGUCUGACCACCCCCAACAGCUCCACCCAGAAAUCACGCGCCGAGGAUGACGAGGAGUGGUGGCACUUCCCCAUCCACCUGAUGGCGCUCUGGCAGCUGCGCCACCAGCCGCACCAGGAGGCGUGCGCGCGCCGGCUCGUGUGCGACCAUGUCACCGCCGGCCAGCCCGACCCCUUCUUCGACUUCGCCAUCGGCGGCGUGGCCUACAUGAUGGGCGCCAGCGGCUCACUGUCGAUGGUGGAUAAGCUGCAGUCGCUGAAGGAAGACCCGGUGGACUGCGAGAGGCUGGUGCCAGAGUGCGACACGCCCAAACUGCGCGACGCAAAGGGUCUCGGCACUACCAUCCAGAAGUUCUCCACCAUGGCGGCUGAGUGGCUCGGGUGGUAGCCGCGAGUGAGCCGAGCCCCGUUCGCUGACGGCGGAUGAAACAUAUUUAUUACUGGGCGGAUGGCGGGCAUGCCCAGGCCAUUUCAGCCUGUGCAAGGGCCAGAGCUAUUGGUACUGGAUCUAGUGAGAGUUCCAGGUCUAUGAACAUGGUGCAAGUCGGGGCAUUGAUACAUUUUGUUGCUAACCAGCGCGGUGUUGGCACGUGCAGUGUUUUGUCGUUACGCAUGGGAGACCAGCUAAGGCGGGGUCACCGGGGUACCCCCCAUCACAGCGCGGCAUCGGUUGAACGGAUGCUUCCUACACAAGCGUCGCGGUGCGCAGUGGCGGCCGGGCCCCGCUGCUCGAGGUGUCUGUAGCGGCUCCGAAGUUCAAUAAAGCAGCGGUCUCUCGACGACCGUGUUGUGUGAGGCG